AUGGCUACUAAGAGACAUAACAGAAACUUGAUUGCCUCUAUUGAAGUUAAUGGGGUUGAGGUUGGAGAACCUAGUGAGGUCAAACAAGCAGUUUGUCAUCAUUUCCAGAAUUUAUUCACUAAACAACGGAGGUAUUGGCCAAGCAUUGGAGGAGAGUUCAAGAAGAUUGAGGAUAACCAAGCCGUUGAUAGCCUGGAGAGAGAAUUUACAAAGGAAGAAAUGUGGGCUGCUAUAAAAGAAUGUGACGGUAACAAAGCCCCAGGCCCUGAUGGGUUCAAUAUGCUGUUUUUUCAAAAAAGCUGGAAGUUUUUGAAAGGUGACAUCAUGAAGUUCAUGAAGGAGUUUUAUAGUAAUAGUAAAUUGGGUUAUGGGGUAAAUUGCUCUUUUGUUACUCUUAUCCCCAAGAAGGAUAAUCCUAACUCUCUUAUUGAUUACCGUCCUAUUAGCUUGAUAAAUUCUCCUUAUAAAAUGUUGUCUAGUUUUGGGUUUGGACCAAGAUGGAUUAGUUGGAUGAAAGAAUGUUUGGAAUCUACUAGAAUCUCUGUUUUGGUCAAUGGCUCACCAUCCGUUGAAUUUUGUCCACAAAAAAGGCUAAGACAGGGCGAUCCACUUUUCCCUUUCUUGUUUAAUGUUGUUACGGAAGGGCUAAACAUAUUGUUGAGAAGAGCUAAGCAGCUGGGAAUCAUAAAAGGAGUGGUAGUGGGUGAUAGGGAGGUUAACAUAUCUUAUCUACAGUUCGCUGACGACACUAUUCUAUUUUGUGAGGCUGAAUGGGUUGAGAUUGUGGCUAUGAAACGCAUUUUGAGAUGUUUUGAAGUGAUCUCGGGGUUGAAGAUAAAUUUUCAUAAAAGCUUGAUUUGUGGUGUGGGAGUGGAUGAUGGGUUGGUUGAAGAGUUUGCAGCCAAACUCAACUGUCUGAGUCAGAAGCUUCCAUUAAAGUAUCUUGGGAUGCCUCUUGGUGCCAACCCAGGUAGGAAACAAGCCUGGCAGCUAAUGCUGGAUAGAUUUAAAAAGAAAUUAUCUGGUUAG